AUGGGGUUCAGCGUAUUGAACGGCGACUCUACGAGUCGCGAGACUGCCAACGGUGAUGCCGCUAAUGGCCACGCUGUCAACGGUGAUGGCCACGCUGAGAAUGGCGAUGCCGUCGCCACUGACCUUGACGGCACCAACGGCGACGACUCUGAUGGUGACUGGAAAACAGACACCACUGGCACCAGCACCACGGAGACAAAGGAGGAGACAAAGGAUGAGACAAAGUCGGACGAGCCGGUCGGCUCCGUCAGCACCGUCAAGAAUCUAUACAAAGGCCCCGAAGAUGACGACGGUGACUGGACCUGGGUCGACCGGUAUCCCGAGGACGUGGAGGAGGCUGCCGAGAACGAGGAGACUAAGAAGUUCGCCCUCAUCGUGCGCAACAAGAAAAGCAACGACAGCCGCAAGACCCUCGAAGCCGACUCGAUCAUCAUCCAGAGCCCUUGGCUGAGGAAGGCGCUGGCCGCCAUCCUUGCCGACUACACCGGUGUGUCCUGCGAGCUGGAGCGGCUGGAGUUCGACGCGCCCUUCGAGCCCUUUGUGCACCGCUGGGCCGAGUACACCAAGUACAUGCAGCGCUCUGACCUCGACGACAAGACCAAGGAGCACUUGGUCCUGCUGCACGACAUCCUCAAGUAUGAGAUUGGCGACAACCUCAAGGCAUUCGAAGAUUACGUGCUCAACGGCGUCAUUACCUUCGACCACCUCUGGAUGAUCUUCCAGCCCGGCGCCGUCGUGCUCUCGAUGCACGAUGACCACGAGGGCGGUACCAUCUCGGCCUUUGAGCUCAAGGAGACUGAUUACCGCGAGAACAGCAUGGAGAUGAAGAUCUUUGCUCUGACCUGCGACUGCGUGGACUGGGACGGGAGGAAUUUUGGCCGCUCAGAAGUCGAGAUAGAGAUAGGUCUCUUCAUCGGCACCAAGAGCAUCACGCAGCUCUUUGCCUACCCCCUCGUGUUCCACAAGGACAAGGAAGGCGUGCAGAAGAAGCUCGAGGCCCGAGGCAAGAUGUUCGAGGACAUGGCCGGUAUUCAUUACAAGAACUACACCGGGGCGGCCAUGGGCUGGGACUGCCGAGGCAACCCGAUCCCCAUUCAGUGCGACGGCCGUAUCAUUCUCGAUGCCCAGGCGUUCACCCGCUGGAGUCCUUAUAGCUUCUACGUCAGUAGUGAUUGGACGGCCAAGGAUAUCGAGAUGAUGGAAAACUAUCAGAAGGAGCAGGGUAUCGUGGUGGACGAGAACACCAAGAGCACAACCAAGAAGCUGACCCCAUACCACCACAUGAUUGCCAAGUCCAGGGGCCGUGGCUACUCGUUCAGGCUGAAGAUCUGGCUCAGCUUCUACUUUGACCAGAUCUCCGACAUCACCUGGGACGAGGGUGCCUUCGACAAGCUCGUCCUUCCUGCUGACCAGAAGGAGCUGAUCCACGCCAUCUCAGAGUCUCAGCUUUCCAGCAGCUCAGCCGCAGCCUUUGACGACGUCAUUUCCGGCAAGGGCCGCGGCUUCAUCUGCCUGCUCUCGGGUCCUCCUGGCGUGGGCAAGACGUUGACAGCUGAGGCCGUUGCGGAGGACCUGCGCGUCCCGCUGCACACGCUGAGCUCGGGCGACCUUGGUUCCGACCCCGAGAGGCUCGACAAGCAGCUGAGGAGCGUGCUCGAGAUGGUCGCCCGGUGGAAGGCCGUCCUGCUCCUCGACGAGUGCGACGUCUUCCUCGAGGCCAGGACGCCGCACGACCUGGAGCGCAACAAGGUCGUGUCCAUCUUCCUGCGCACGCUCGAGUACUACGAGGGCAUCCUCUUCAUGACGACCAACCGCGUGGGCAACAUCGACGCCGCCUUCCAGUCGCGCAUCCACGUCUCGUUCGAGUACCCGGGGCUCACCAACGCCUCGCGCCAGACCAUCUGGCGCAACUUCCUCGACCGCGCGGGGCGCAACACAGACGUCUCGGACGCGCAGGUCGAGGUCCUGGCCCGGCUCGACCUCAACGGCCGCCAGAUCAAGAACGUGCUCAAGACGGCGUCGCUGCUGGCCUCGAGGAAGAACACGACCCUGAAGCGGGAGCACAUCGACACUAUCCUUGCCAUCCAAAAGCACAGCCCUCUGAUGCAGGCCUCGCAUAUUUAUUUGUAA